ACCGUAAAUAGAGAUUUAGAAGCUAAUCUAGAUCUAGAUCUUGAUUCUAGAUCUAUAACUAUAGAAUCUACUCAAAUAUUGAUCGGGUACUUUUUUCUUAUAAGAAACAGAUGUAAAAUAAACCAUCACAUCCUUCAUAUUUGAGAAAUGAAAACUUAACUGCAAAUUAUUCAGUUAAAAAGGGUCCCCACAAGAAUGGAAGCUAUAAACACAAAAGAAAGUACACAGGAGACAUUUAUUUUUAUGAACCAUCACCUUCAUCUCAGUGGGCCUUGCAUGCUUUCAGAUUCUGGUUCAUCUGAUGUGAAAAUAUUUGCUGAUGCAGUGGGAACACUGGAUGAUAAAGCUCAUCAAUGUGUUAGUAAAGUUGAUCAUCAUUUGAGCAUUGAUAAUUUACAACCAUCACAUCAUUGUUUGCCUUUGAGGAAAAGACUGAAACUGUCUUACAGCUUGUUUAAAAGGCAACAAAAAAGGGGACUAGUAAAGUUAUUUGAAACAUUUAAAUCAGAAAAUAGGUUAUUUGAUUUAUUAGCCUCCCCUUUGUUGAUUUUGAAAGAGGACUACACUUUUCCAAUAGUCCAUCACCACCAGAUUCUUCACUUUUCAAUGAAGUUUACAUCAGCUCUCAAUACCUAUUCUCAAGCAAAGAUUAUUGGUACCCAGUGGAAUGCAGCAUCUGCUAAAGAAGCUGGCUUUCCAUUAAUGUCUCCAGAAUUUCAACCAAAUGAGUCAUUUUUCAAAUACGCUCAACAUUUCAAAAAAUCUCAUAGGAAAUAUGGUGUCACUUUUGUGAAUAAGACUCAAGAAAAUCACAGUCUAGAAAAUAAAAGACAAUACCCUACUGUAGCAAACUUUGGUCCUUCUACUGCAAACAAAACUUUGAAAUCAGAAGAAAAUGAUACUUUAAUGAACAGACCUACCACAGAGUCUGACCUCUUUGAAAACAUGCUAAACCACAAGGUCCCUUUUCAAAUUAUGUCAGUUACAAGCCAGUUUUCUUCACCCACAACUUUAGAUGAAAAGAAAUCCCAUUCAAUCAAGCAGCCCUAUUUAUUCACAGAAAAAUCACUUGCCAAAAUCUCUGCCUCUUCCAAAAUAGUAUUCCCAGAAACAUCACCCACAAGCAUAUUUUCCAAGCAUUUUUGUAAAUUUCCACUAGAUCACCCAGAAUCAUUUCUGGAUGACAGUGUCUCUAUAAGUUCACUGAUCCCAGUUAACAAGCUUAGUUCAAAAUGUAACAGUGAAGAAACUACUAUAAUGUUUGAACAGUUUGAGCAUACUGAAAAACACAUAUCAGAGUUAGAUGUUUCAACUCAUCAGAAUUGUGUAGCUUCACUUAAAAACUUUAGCUACAUACAAAACAUGAAGGAUGCAUUUGUUGUAUGCCGUGAGAGUGAAGAUACAGAUGAAGCCAAGUAUACACAUCCUAACUCUUUGUCUGCCAGUAAUACCCUGAGUGUUUCAGAAGUAAAGCCAGUUGACAACAGUUUGCAGCCACCUGUGAGAGGAGAUGAUGAACAACAGGUACCAGAUAACUCUGUGUUACAAGAAAACAAAACAGCAGAUGUUUCUAUGUAUGAAGAAUCAAACAAUGAUUUACACAAUAAAAAAUUAGUUACCAACAACCUUUUUGUGAAGUCUGCUUUCAAAUUUACUGCAUUACCUCAGGAAAAUCCAAAUACCUCAAUUUUAAAUUCAGAUUCUGACGCAGGACCAGAUGCUUUAAAAUCUGUUCUACCAUUAGCAACAUGUAAUCGUCCACGGCGCGUGGGUUUGUCGAAGAAGCAACAUGUUCAACAUCUCCAUAAAAAGUCAUUUUAUGGAUUUUGUUAACACAGGGACAAAUUACACUGCUAUUUCAACACCAGCCACAAAACAGGCUGUGGUACAAAGUACUAAAUAAGAUUACAGAUGAGUGAAUCUGAGCAAACUGUUACGCUGAAGUUCACUUGCAAGUAUAGUUGUAUCAGAACGAUGGCCCUGACUAUAGACACCAGUCUAUAGUGAUUUAUCUCUACAACCCUUUUACACCUGCUACAUGUAGCCUACUGUAUAGAAAGAACUUUACAAUGCCAUGAAGCAAAAUGUUUAUUACAAAAAGUAUUGCACUUGUUUGUUUACUUUGCCAAAUUGUAUUUGCACAAUUUUGCUGGAACGUUUUUAUAGUGAAGCUUGUAAAAAGCGUUGUUUAUUUUUCAAGAGCUCUUUAAUUUUUUGAAAUUAGAACAAAUGUUUUAAGAAAUAAGUAUUUAUGCCUAGCACAUGGAUGUAGAGUUGUUCUUGUGCCUAAUCAGUAUACUGUAUUAUUGUUUGAGUUUCACUGUUUUCAUAUAAUUCUGUUACUAAGGUUUUGUUUUAUAAUGGUUUGUUCAUUCUUGUGUAUUCAUUGACUGGUCACUUAAGCUGCCUGGGGCUAAUCUGUGAUAAUCUGUAUUAUAUGUUAUUAUUUGAUUUCAGUUGUUAGCUAAAUUGAUCUACUUACAUUUGCUUUAACUAAACUGGAACAACACAUAGCAUACCUCUUAGAUUUAUUAACAACAAAACUUAAAGGUAAAUUAGUAUUCCUUGUGCAAGCACUGACAGAAAUGUGUAGAUUACACUUGGUGUACUGGCUAUGCUUAUGACUUUCUGAUAAUUUCUUUCUUCAAAUUCAUAUAAAUUCAAUUUUAACAAUUCAGUUUUGUAGUUCAAACUUUCCAUCAAUUUAGUUAUUUUGUUGUAUUUGUGAGCCCUUUCAAUAAAUUGAACACAAAAAUAUU